AUGAUUCGGAUUUCAUAUUGCACUAGUGAGCCGAAAUUUAUAAUUGAAGCUAGGAACUUGGCUAUGGAAAUAUUUAGAGAAUUCAAAGGCAACAUUAUCAAAAGUCAAAUACAUCAUUAAUCUAAAAAUAUUUAAGUGGUAUUGUAUUAAGAAACCAAAAAUAUUGAAUUAUGGUCUUAUUUAAGAGAUAGCCCCUAAGAUUAUACAAAAAUAUUUCCUUUAAUUGCAAAUUAUAUUUAAAGAUAAUGA